UAUUAUUAUUGACUACGCAAAUUUGUACUACACCGUAUCUGUCAUAAGCCAAUUUCCAAAAACUUGCACAAAUCUUGAGAGGAUAGAUACAGCAAAAAUGGAAGCAGUCGUAGCAUCGAAAGUUGCGAUUGAAGCAGUGAAGUUCUUUGGUGGCAGAUUCGUUCAACAAUUAGAUGAGAAUCAAAAACUGAUCGAGGGCACGGCGGAGCAGAGGAACAAGCUGGAAUAUGAUAUCGAAAUCUUGAGUGGAUAUCUGAAAGAGAGCGCUGAGAAGCCCAAGAGCUUCACCUUUCUGGAAAGAGCUCUCCUCAGAGAGGUACGCGACAAUGUUUACAAAGCUGAAGAUGCCAUCGAUUCCAUCGCUGUCAAAAAAGAGUCCAACUGGAUCAUGCCCGGUCCAUCUACUUCCGUUGUCGAUGUUGCCAAACGGAUCCAAGCCGUCGCCGAAAGCGUCGGUAAAAUCCGCAAAAAAAUCGAAGAUCAACUAGGCAUAGGCCAUGUUACUACAAAUGAAGGAUCCGCAGUGUACGAGGACGAGCCACCAACACAAGAAGAUUAUUGCCCUAUUUUCGUAAAAGAGGAAAGAAGACUAAAACGGCGUCUUACUCGAGACAGAGCAAAACAAACUGAGUUGAUUUUAAUCACCGGUACACGUGGCAUCGGAAAGACUAUAAUGGCAGCUAAAAUGUUUCACAAUUCAGAAGUUAAGAAUCACUUCACCAAGCUCAUUUGGGUUAGUGUUCCUAAUCCAACAGCAAAAAAUAUAUUGCUUGUUGUUCUAAAACAGCUACAUCCAGAGACAGUUCCAAAGAGUGAUAUUCCUUGUGAGUUACGCAAGCAAGUUCGAAGUUUAUUAGAGAAAGAGAAAUUCUUGCUUGUCCUGGAUAAUGUGUCCAGAAUGAGUAAGGAGGAUUAUACAGAGCUUCAAAAGGCCUUUGGAAAGAGUGUUAAAGGGAGUAAGGUCUUGAUAACAAGUACUAAUCCUGAAUUGGUUCACUUUGUUAAAGAUGAUUCUCAUAUAAUGUUGGAGCUGUUGAAGCUCAAGGAAAGUUGGGAUUUACUGAAGUGGCGGCUUUUCCCUGGAGCUCUGUGCCCUCCUGAGUUGGAAUACCAUGGACAACUAUUUGCAGAGAGUUGUAAUGGUCUGCCAAGAGAAAUUGUCUCUACGGCUGAAGCUCUUGCCGAAAAGCUUCGACUUGUAAAUAACCCAAGAGAAAGAAUUCAAGUAUUUAAAACUUUUCCCCUCGACAUAGCUCCAGUUAACGAGUCAAUCUACAACGAAUUGCCUUACCAUUUGAGACCGUGCUUUCUCUACUUGGGAAUAUUUCCUGGUCAGUCAAAAUUCCCCGUUUCAAAAUUGAUCAAUAUGUGGAUUGCAGAAGGAUUUAUACCACAAGCAGAAGAUGUCACUUUGGAAGAGACUGCAGAGAAGUAUUUAAUGCAGCUUGUAGGGAAGAAUUUGCUCAAAAUUGAAGAGAUGAGACCCGAUGGUUCAGCUAAAACGUGCAGAAUUACCGAGUCAACACGAAAAUUCUGCCAAAAAAUAUCUGCACCUGAAGGAGAGAACCUUUUCCAAGAUUUCAAAUACACUAGUGGGGAAGGAUUCUUUCCUCAAAUCAAUGAGGUAAACAAAAAUCGGCGCAUAUGUAUUCAUGCCGACAUUCAUAGGUUUAUCCCCAAAUUUAUAACUUCACUACGACAAGAGAGUGUCCAGAUCUAUAUCCGCUCAUUUGUUUCUAAUUCCAUAGAAGAAUUCAUGUUGGAUAAGGGUGACAUUCCGAAGUUUCGUGCAGUUUUCAAGUUGCUUAAGGUGUUGGAUGCCAAGCCCAUUAAAGUCGAUAAAAUUUAUACUGACUUGUGUCUGGUUCAUUUGAGGUAUGUCACACUUUCAAUCAGCGCUGGUGUUCUACCAAAAGCCAUCUCUACACUUCGAAAAGUGCAGACUCUUAUUGUUCAUACAACAUUUCACACCCUUAAGAUUGAAGCAGAUAUAUUGGCGAUGGUCGAGUUAAAGUAUUUUGAGACAAAUGCAUCAGCUAUUUUGUCCAAAAAAAGUGAAGCUUCUAAGGAAGGUGAGCGGCUCCAAACUCUAUGUGGAAUUUCACCGGAAAGUUGCUCUGGAAAAUUGUUCAGCAAACUGCCCAAUUUGAAGAAACUAGGCAUAUGUGGCGAAUUAGCAUUAAUGCUGUUUGAUGGCAAGAAUGAUUUGUUAAAGGAUUUGGAUAAAGUUGUAAAUCUGAAGCUGUUAAACAAGGAAACUAGAGGCAAGAAACAGAAGCUUUGGAAAACAAGUCUUAAACCUCAGCUCAAAUUGAGCAACCGGAUUCUCGAACCCUCGAAAUUUCCUCCUAGCCUGAGAAGUCUGACAUUGUCAGCAACUUGUCUCGAUUGGCAGGAUAUUUUCAUCCUUAGAUUGAUGCAGGAACUCAAGGAGCUCAAGUUAAAAGACAACGCAUUCUUAGGGGAGAAGUGGGAGCUUCUUGGCGAUGAUAAAGUUUUCCCAUAUCUUCAAACAUUGAAAAUUGAAAGCUUAGAUUUUAAACAAUGGGAAUGUUCAAAGGAUCACUUCCCCCAACUCAAACGCCUUACGAUGUCCAAAUGCGAAUUGCUGAAGAAAAUUCCCAUUGAGCUGGCUGAUAUACCAACCUUCCAAGAGUUACAUUUUCAAGAUGGUCACAGACAUGCUAAAAGAUCUGCCAAGCGUAUUCGUGACAAAAAACUAGAAAUGAAGAACAACAACAUUGUGUUCAAGCUUUUACCUUUAGAAGAUCCGACCCUUCAACUCUCUGACUACUUAUACCUUGAUAGGUACGUAAAUCUCAUACCAAGCAACAAGUUAUUAUGUUUCAAAAUUUCUAAAUUGAUGUUUUAUUAUGUUUUCUAGCUCUAGUAUGAAUAUCGUAAGUCCAAAAGUGACCGAUUCGACAACGAUUUCAUUUGCUUAGGACUCAAUUUUCAAAAAGUGAAUGUUCUAGACCAACUUCGUAUUUCAGUCAUAUGUUUAGGACCAAAAUUAUACUU